CGAGCUGUCAAACCAGCAAAAUAACCUGGAAUACGUGAAUAAAAAAGGUUUCUUCCAACCCAUCAAAAUGAACUCUAUUGUACUCUCUCUAAAUGAUGCCUACCGGAGUUUACUGAUUGGAGCAUCGCCUAACAUAACUGCACAAGAGUUUGCGUCAACAAUGUCCUUGUGUGUUAGUAAAUCACAAAAACAGUGUUGUGAAUCAGUGCCUCUGCCGGACAGGGAUGCUGAGUGUUCAGAUCAACCCAGAGAACCUUUCAAUUCACCAGAGUUUUAUGAUAAUGGCGUCGAUGAGAUACCCUGCAUUGCUCUGACGCUGAUGGAGAAAAUCUUUUUCAAAAUGACAUGUCAAAGCUGGUCUCAAGAAACACAACAUUAUUUCAGUAUGGUGUACAGAAUAUUAUUGCAAGAGUUUGGUAUUAUGUCAAAUCUUAUCGAUAUUUUCCGAACCAAGGAUCUGUUGAAAUCUCAUCUUGCUGCAAAGUGUGCAUCAGCAUGUGUUUCUGUUCAGUUGCGCUCCUCUGAGAACUUGCCUGUCAAUCCCAUUUGGGAGAGGAAAUGUCUGCAAGUGUUUCUGAACCCCAAUCCAGGACCUGAGUUGGAUGCCUGCCUAUGGUCUCUCCAAGACGUCAUUAAAACACUGCUUAAACAGCCACAGGGCGAUAGUGGGGCUUUGCAGAAGCUUCUUGCAUCCUUUGACCCAGCCCUGUCAUCAUUGUGCUCUAAGCUUCUCCCUGGAAGUGAUGUGGAUCAGACAGACGGUGCUUUAUACUCCAGCAGCACUGCAGACUGGGGGACCACGCUGUGCACUCUACUAGACCUACUGGAGGUGCUCACAGCGUCCAGGGUCAGAUCAGGGUCUCGUGGCUGUUUCCUGAGUCAGAGGCUGGCUCACACGCGGGCCUCCGGGCUGCUGAGGAUAGUCACGUGUCCGCUGGACUACUUUGUGAUCAAGCGAGUGAUGCUGCUCCUGAAGAGGGUGCUGCUGGAGAAAGCCGGGGAAGACAUGGCUUUAGCGAACGGACCAGCCCCCGGGCCCACGGAUCGUCACAUCUGCGGAGACAUGAACACGCUAACUUCGGAUGUGUUGCAGGCGGUGCAUGCUGCUUGGUUACAGGGCGUUCCGGUGGAGUCAGGGUCUGGGUUCUUCAGUGGGACAAGGCCGGCCUGUGAUGGAGGCGGUGACCGCCCCGAUUAUGUCAUGCUGAGAGCUGUUAGUCUGGUUCUACUGAAAUCCCUGGAUUACAAGACCAAAUCAGGAAGUGGCACAGGUGUUGAUCCUAGCAUGGAUGUGCCAGGGUGUCUGCAAGGCUUGUUGUUGUUCCUGAACCAGCGAGGGGUCCAGCUGCACCAGCCUUGUCAUCCUUGCACCUGGGUCUCUGUGGUGUUUGGAGAGCAGGAUGAUGACAUGAUGGAGACAGCCAAAACCUUACUCUCACUACACCUCCACCACAACAGAGUCUCCUCUGAGACGGAUGGGUUUGCUGGUGCUUCAAAUACUGCUUCCUGUUCCACCGGCUGCAACCCCCACUGCCACUUCCUGUCGCUCCUCCAAAGUGUCUCCUUUGACCACUGCAUCCUCCUGGACUUCCUCAUCUCCACGGAAACCUGCUUCCUGGAGUACUUGGUGCGCUACCUGAAACACCUGCAGGGGGACCGGGAAGGUUUCUCUGAGGCCUGUCUGAAGAUGGAGGCACUGGACUGGAGACAGAGGCUGGACAGCUUGGGAGAGGACCUCCACCGGUCGUCACUUGCCCCCUGUAGCAGUGUGUCUCCGCUGGGCCUAGUCCAGCCUAACCCAGUCCCUCCUCUCCGUCUGGUGGACUAUGGAAGCUCAGAUGAGUCAGAGACUGAGGAGAUGGAUGUCUCAGACACACCAAGGAGGGCCACAGGGCUGGAAGCCUGCAGCUCAGAGAGCAGGCCAAGGCUUGGCGGCCUCAAUCUGUCACAGGGUGAUAAGAGGGAACCGUCUUACUCUUUGGGGCAUACUCAUGAAGGACCCCAGCUAUCAGGCUCCACACAGUGUUUUCAGACCACACCUGACUGCAAAAAACAACCAGAGAGGGGAUCACAGCCUAGAAUGGAUCCAGACCGUGGACAAGGGUGGAGUCUGCCAGGUCCAGGAUGGAGGCUCAGGACCCUUGGCCCUGCCCAAGACAGACAUCAUGGGGACCUUGACAGAAGGGCAUUCACCUGUCUGUCCGAGCUCAGAGCUGUGAUAGCCAGGCUGCAGAAGAGGAAUCUCUUUCCCUAUAAUCCCACCUCGCUCCUCAAACUACUGACUAAGAUUGAGACAGAAAGUGUUUUUCAUCAUUGAGAUACUACCGAUUUAAA